AUUCCGAAAGGAAAUGGCUGUUGUAUGUUAAAUUAAUUUUAAUUCAAACUAACACACUUCUGCAGAUUUCACUUCCCUCUCACAUCCGGCUUUUCGACGCUUCGCGCUUCCAGGCUGCCGUACCGGUGACGUCAUUUCCACCCUACACCGGAAGUGUGAGUUGGCUGGCCGGGGAUAUCAAGAUGUCUGCCAUAUUUAAUUUCCAGAGUUUGUUAACGGUCAUCUUACUGCUCAUCUGCACCUGCGCAUAUAUACGAGCUCUCGCUCCCAGCCUGCUGGAUAAGAACAAAACAGGAUUCCUUGGAAUAUUCUGGAAAUGUGCAAGAAUAGCAGCAGAAGCAUGUGAGGAUUUGGAGCAGGCAGAGGAUUUCCAAGAACAGCUACAAGAUUCUACAGCAGGGAACAAGAUGUGUAAUUGGGCGACAUUCAGACUCUCCCGGGCAGAACUGGCUUCUGGUAAUGCAUGUGGAGUGCUCUCCAAAUACAGCUUGAGCAUUUCUCAUCCUCCCGGACCUAUUUUUGUAAAUACAAAUAAUUGUUGGUCUCCAUGGUAAUGCUCGUGUUGUCGUUGACUCGUGCACUCAAAGCUGAUCAGAUGUAACGUGUUUGUUGUCGGAGCCAAAAUGCUUGUCAAUGACAGUUUUAAUGUGGGACAUUGAGGAUAAAUUUGAUGCACAUGGAUGUACUUGAUAUCAUGCUUGUUAAAUUGAAUCUGUUGACUUUACAUGGACAAGUUUGCAUUAAAAGAUCAAUUUAUUACAGAAA